CGAGCAUGGAGCCAGGGGUGAGAUCAUUUCCAAUGACGCGCAAUCAUGUGACGCCGCGCGAGGCAGCAACCAUCGACGCGAGGGCCGUCCGUUUGCUCGCCUGUGCUGCCUGAAGUUCGGCAUGGAACAAUGGCGCGCGGAAUAAAUCCAUGUGCAUUCCGGGGUCCCCCACACUGUGCGGCCGCUCUCCAUUGAUUCGUUUCCAGUUCUCUCAGGCUCCCAGUCAAUCGCCCGCCGAACUUCGAUCACAAUGGCGGACAAAGAGGCGACCGUGUACGUGGUGGACUUGGGUGAGUCGAUGGCCGACUGCCACAACGGCCGCGACGAGUCUGAUCUCGACUUCGGCAUGCGCUAUGUCUGGGACAAAAUCUCAACAACCGUCGCUGCAAGCCGCAAGACCUGGACGCUCGGCGUCGUGGGCCUGAAUACUGACGAGACAGACAAUGCGCAGGACCGCGAAGGGCUGGAAGGCUACGAGAACAUUUCGGUCCUGCAGGAAAUCGGACCGAUGACCAUGAGCGAACUGCGGGAUCUGCGCUCGUUGAUCCAGUCUUCGCAUAGCCACGGAGGAGAUGCCGUCUCGGCAAUCGUCGUUGCUCUGUCCAUGAUCGAGGCGUUCACCAAGAAGCUCAAGUACAACCGGAAGAUCAUACUCGUCACGAACGCCGAAUCGCCAAUUGAUGACGAGUCGCUAGAGGAUGUCGCUAACCGGCUCAACCACUCCAACAUAGAGCUUAUCGUGAUUGGCGUCGACUUUGACGAUCCGGAUUAUGGCUUCAAGGGGGAAGACAAGUCCAAGCGGAAGCGCAAGAACGAGAAGAUACUCCGGAAACUGGUAGACCAGUGCAACAAUGGCGUGUUCGGGACCAUGGCUCAGGCUGUCGAGGAGCUUGCUAUCCCUCGCAUCAAACCCGUAAGACCCUUCAAGGCCUACGAUGGCCCGCUCACGCUUGGGGACCCGAGCAAAUCCGAGAAUGCAUUGAGUAUCCAUGUAGAGCGCUACUUCAAGACCAAGCGCGCGAUGCCCCCGGCGGCAAGCACCGUGGUUAUCAAUCAGGAGCGCGGAGGAACCUCCCAGUCCGAAACGCUUGACGAGGACACCGAGAUGGGCGGCACCGAGUUCUCCGGCGUCAAGCGGAUGCGCACCUAUAAGGUCGACGAUCCGGAGGCCCCCGGUGGGAAGCGGGACGUUGACUUUGAAGAGCUGGAGAAAGGCUACACAUACGGCCGGACUGCGGUGUCCAUUAGCGAGUCCGACUCGCACGUCACCAAACUAAACACGAAGAAGUCAUUCACCAUUCUCGGGUUCGUUCCGUUCAGCAGCUACAGCCCGUUCAUCAACAUGGGGGAGACCGGCAUCAUCGUCGCACAAAAGCUGAAUGAGGAAGCCGAGCUGGGCCUCUCAGCGCUCAUCCACGCUCUGCAUGAACUCGAAUCUUAUGCCGUGGCGAGAUAUGUGCAGAAAGACGACGCUCAACCAAACAUCUUGCUACUCAAGCCGAAUCCUGCUCUCGAGGACGAUUUUGAGUGUCUGUACGAUGUGCCGCUUCCGUUUGCUGAAGAUGUUCGCAGCUACCAGUUCCCUCCCCUGGACAAGGUGCUUACCGUAACCGGCAACGUCAUCAAGGAACAUCGGCUGUUGCCGUCGGAGGAUCUAAAGCAGGCCAUGAGCGAUUUCGUUGAUGCCAUGGACCUGUCUGGAUUUGAUGUUGACGAUGAGGGGAAACCGGCGGAAUAUGCACCGAUCGACGAUCUGUACAAUCCGACUAUCCACCGCAUCAACCAGGCCAUCCGCGCUCGUGCUGUAAACCCAGAUGCGCCUAUUUCUCCGCCAGCCGAGAUCCUCCUUCGUUACUCCAAGCCUCCCGAGGAACUCCUACAGAAGGCGAAGUCGGAGAUAGACGCCCUGAUUGACGCGGCCGAAAUCAAGAAAGUCCCCGCCAAGGCACAGGGCAGGCGCGGCAGAAAGGAGUCAGUCAAGCCACUUUCCGGCCUCGAUGUCGAUGCCCUGCUCGGCGAACGCAAGCGCACCACCAUCUCGCUGGAGAACGCGAUUCCCGAGUUCAAGCAAAUCCUCGCCACGGCAGAGGACGACGCGACAGUCGCGAGCGCUGCGAAGCAGAUGGGCGAGAUCGUCCGCAAGCUCAUCCAGGACAGCUUUGCGGAUCUGUUCUAUGCCCGGGCUGCCGAGAACCUCCGGGUCAUGCGUGAAGAGCUCAUCAGCUUAGAGGAGCCGGCAAUGUACAACAAGUUCCUGACCGGGCUGAAGAAGAGUAUCUUGAGCGGCGAGCUCAAUGGUGAUCGCCGGGAGAUGUGGUUUAAGCACAUCAUUGGGGGCCACCUUAAUUUGAUCACCCAGGAUGAGUCGGAGGUGUCGGAGGUCACGGCUGAUGAGGCCAAGGCGUUUGCGACGUGACCUUACUAGGUCAGGUAGGGAAUGGGCUGUGUGACAGUUGGCCACGUAGGUACUAGUAGUACCUACUACUAGUAGUACCCAAUGUUUUGGCGAUCUGUUGCUAGAGAACAAAGGAAAAGCGUACUGGUAUCCUAGCUUGGUAACGAUGAGCCGUAAAAGCUCGAGCCAGCUUAUUGGGCAAAGCUGUCCUCACGGUAGUAGUAAUGUAUAGAAGAUGCCUGAGCACCUUUCCCUGAGGACCUUGGAUGUUACCUACUGUCGGAUGGUGGUGACGGGAGCUUUAGAUCCGACGCGCCUGCUCUCUUGCGGCCUAAACUCACAUAUAAUGUUGGUGCUUCAGUAUCAUGAUUGAUUGAAAAACUCAUCAUCGCGGUGCAAGCGGAGAACCUGAGUAUUACACUGGUGGUCGUGCAAACGUGUGUAAUCGUGGAUGGUAUACAGAGGCACAGG